AUGCGACCCACUCCGACGGGCCCUAUGAGUGAUAGACCACGCCUUGUCUCCCCAAGUCCUAAUCAACCCCCCAUAAGCGCCACAUUCCCACAGAGUCCCGUCAAUGCCCCUCCCCGCCGUGAACUUCCUUCCGACCUGAAUCGUGAUACACCCGUCUUACAAUCACGACAGCCGUCACCUAAGCGUCAUGUGACUAGCGAGAUUAAAGUCACGUCGAGUCGCCCAUCUCCAGCUUCUCACACAGACCGUGGUAACGCAGCUCCUUCUGAAAGCGCCGGCCGCUCACCCGCCCUCCGACCCUCCAGUGCUCAGAGUCUAUCUACAUCCCGAGGAGAUCAUGCUCAAGGGUCACAAUCUGACGAAAAUGGAAAGGGGCAUGACGAUUCGAGACGGCCAAACGAUGCUUCGGAGCAACAGAUUCCUCAUCGAUUCAACGGCAAUAUCCCAACGCAGCCCCGGGGCCUCAUUAACGCCCGGUCACCGCCUCUAGGACCACCUCAGGGACCCAGAGCACCACCCUCGCACCCACGUGGCGCUCAAAACUGGCCCGCCAUGUCAGCCCCAACGCGCCCUCGCCGAGGACCUGGCUCUGGUUCUCGUGAUGGACCUUGGAAUGGACCUUCUAUCAAUCGCCGCGGCCCUCCCACGGCCCCGGCACCUAACGCUCCAUCUGGCCCUCGAGCUUCGUUCACACCUUCUGGGCCUGCAGGAGCGCCAUAUCGAUAUUCUGGACCCCGGCAGAGUACUUCUUUCUCUGGACCUUCUGCUCCGGCUCCACGGGCCCCUAAUCAUCUCGCAGGUCUCACCAGCAUCAUCCCAGGUGGCCGACUUCUGCCUUCUGGUCUGGACCCAGCGACAGAGAAGCGACUUUUACAGCUUGAGGCCGAUCAAGAGAAGUUGCUCGAGCAAAUGAAUGAGUCACAGCGUGUAAAGAGAGCAGGGCUCCGCGAUUGGGACCGGCUGGACCGUGAAAGUUCAAUCUGUGCGCAGAAAAGUGAAUUAUUGGAUGGUCACUUGCAACGCCUGGCUGACCAGAGCAUGGGAGGUGGAUAUCCAUUUUAA